AUGGAAGAGACAACGUCACUUCGCGAGCUGGAGUCCCUGGUGACCCCAGAGCCCGAGAUGCCGUUGACUGUCUCCCCCUCAGACACGUCAUUACAAACACCGGCCCCCGGGGACGAGGACAAGGAAGAUGAGAAGAAGCCGGCGAAGAAGAGAAAGUCAUGGGGUCAGGAACUCCCAGUACCAAAGACCAACUUGCCUCCUAGGAAACGAGCUAAGACCGAAGAUGAGAAGGAGCAGCGUCGCAUUGAGCGUGUGCUCCGGAAUCGGGCUGCCGCGCAAACAUCACGCGAGCGAAAGCGCCUCGAGAUGGAGAAGCUGGAAACCGAGAAGAUCCGCAUGGAGCAACAAAAUCAGUUCCUCCUGCAGCGCCUCGCGCAGAUGGAAGCCGAGAACAACCGCCUGUCUCAACAGGUCGCUCAGCUCUCUGCCGAGGUGCGCGGCUCUCGCAGCAGCACCCCCAUCAAGGCUAGCACCCCGGGCCCAACCACCACCAACACAGUCACCAUGACCACCUCCUCAACAUCUAACCCGACAUCUCACACCCUCACCUCCUCCCCGACUCUCACUCCCACUCUCUUCAAACAAGAAGGCGAAGACCUCACCUUGGAGCGCAUUCCCUUCCCCACCCCUUCCACCGUCAACCUGGAAUACUCCCCCACGCUCAAGCCCUCCACUCUGGCUGAGGCCUCCCCCGACGUGACACAACAUCCUGCCGCGAUGUUGUGCCCAUCAGACCUGCAGUGUCCGUCGGUGGCCUCGAAGGAGUCGGAGUCAGCUCCGGCGGGGCUCUCCCUCUCUUCGACCUCGAACUUUCAACUCACGCUGGCAACGACGUUGCAGCUCCUCUUUCUGACGAUGACUUCCGUCGCCUCUUCGACAACGAUCUUCCCGCUGCUUCAAAUCCUUCAUUCCCUGAAGACGGGUUCGCCUUUGGCGCUCUCGACGGCGGAGAUCUAUCAGCAUUUCCCUUUGAUUCAUUGGUUGAUUUCGACCCCGAGUCUGUCCCCCUCGACGGCGACCGGCCCGUGCUUUCGGAUGAGACUGCUCACCCGACUGCUUGCAUGCAGCCCAGCCUUGGCGCGUCCACUUCGCGAUGCGACGGGCAGAGCAUUGCAGCUAGCGGUUAGGGAGCAGACCCUCAACCCGCAAGGCACGCGGUCGGCCUCGUCUGAGGAGCGACCGACUUGGACCUCGUUGUUAACCAUGGCAUGGGCAAUCGAUAGUAUCACCAGCCAGUCGCGACGACGCAGGCGAGCUCUGGGUGCAGUCUCAUCGCAGAUCACUCCAUCGUCAUCAUCAUCCCUGUCGGCUGUCAAGUCCCGCGGCAUUGGUAAAGUUCAUCCCCGGGGCAUCGGCCGACGACGCAGUUACGGAAAGAUUAGUCACAUUCACCCCCAUCAUCAGAGCAGACGGAGUUCAUGGAGUUCUUCUUCUACCGGGACCGGCGAGACGUCGUCGGUCCUUUUCGCGAAGCAAUCAUAA